AAAAGACAACUUUCUCAUUUUUACGAUAUCACCUCCCUCUUUCUCCCAUCGCGAUCCGCGAGUUCUUCUCUCGUAUCAUUAUCUCUCUCCCACCUCCAUCUUUAGAUCGGAUCCAUUAAGCAUCCGAUCCAUUUACCGCCUCUCUCUCUCUGAGCUCAAAACCCUAGCGAUCUGGCUCCGAUCUGAACGAUUUGGAUCUCUGAAUUACUUAUUCGUUAAAUACCUGAUCAUGGAUAUUGGGGAAAUUGAGAGCACAGAUGAGGAAAUGCCUGCACAUACAGGACGACAGUAUAGUCCGGUGACAUUGCAUGAUCGACCAGUUAUCGAAAUGUCCUCACUGGAGGCUGGAACUUCUUCAGAAACUUCACUGAAGAAUGUUAAAGUGAGGUCUAAUCUAGAAAGUACUGCCAAUGGAAUGGAGUCUCAUACUCGUGGUGGACCUGGUGGAUCUCAAACAGAAUCAAAAUUGGAGUUGUUUGGUUUUGAUUCACUUGUCAAUAUAUUGGGCCUUAAAAGUAUGACAGGGGAACAAAUUCCAGCACCUUCUAGUCCCAGAGAAGGCGAGGAUGUAUCUAUAACUCUUGGGCGCCCCAAGGAAACUGGUCCAAAGAUGGGGACUAUGAUGGGUGUGUUUGUACCAUGCUUGCAGAAUAUUUUGGGUAUUAUCUACUAUAUCCGUUUUUCUUGGAUUGUGGGUAUGGCUGGCAUUGGCGAUUCACUCAUGCUGGUUGCUUUUUGUGGCUCUUGCACAUUUUUGACAGCAAUAUCUUUAAGUGCAAUUGCAACUAAUGGAGCGAUGAAGGGUGGUGGUCCUUAUUAUCUCAUUGGUCGAGCCCUUGGUCCGGAAGUUGGUGUUAGCAUUGGAUUGUGCUUCUUCCUUGGGAACGCUGUUGCUGGAGCUAUGUAUGUCCUGGGAGCGAUAGAAACCUUUUUAGAUGCUGUACCAAAUGCUGGAUUCUUUAAAGAAAGCGUCACUAUUGUCAGCAAUGCCACAAUGAAUGGCACAACUGCAACAACUGUGUCAACUCCAAGCUUACACGAUCUGCAAAUUUACGGGGUUAUUGUGACCAUCCUUCUCUGUUUCAUUGUAUUUGGAGGUGUGAAAAUGAUCAAUAAAGUUGCACCAGCGUUCUUAAUUCCCGUGCUGUUUUCUCUGUUCUGCAUAUUCAUUGGGGUUUUUGUAGCUCCAAGAAGUAAUGCUUCCAGUGGAGUUACAGGAUUGAAAUUGGGCACAUUCAGAGACAACUGGGGCUCAGGUUAUCAGCGGACUACAAAUGCUGGGGUACCUGAUCUUAUGGGACCAAUUAAUUGGAGUUUCAAUGAUUUGGUAGGUCUCUUCUUUCCAGCUGUAACCGGAAUUAUGGCGGGUUCAAAUAGAUCUGCAUCGUUGAAGGACACACAGCGUUCUAUACCAGUGGGAACACUCGCUGCAACCCUGACAACCUCUUGUUUAUAUAUUAUAUCAGUAUUGCUAUUUGGAGCUAUGGCUACUAGAGAAGAGCUAUUGGCUAACAGGCUCCUUACUGCGGAAGUGGCUUGGCCUGUUCCAGCAGUCAUUUAUGUUGGGAUCAUUCUCUCUACUUUAGGUGCAGCACUUCAGAGUUUGACGGGUGCUCCACGCUUGCUGGCAGCAAUAGCAAAUGAUGACAUUCUUCCUGUUCUUAAAUAUUUUAGAGUCUCUGAAGGGGGUGAGCCUCAUCUGGCCACUUUAUUUACAGCCUUCAUCUGUAUUUGUUGUGUCAUUAUCGGGAAUCUGGAUCUAAUCACACCAACUAUAACUAUGUUCUUCCUUCUAUGCUAUGCUGGUGUGAACUUAUCUUGUUUCCUCCUUGACCUCCUGGAUGCUCCUAGUUGGCGUCCUCGCUGGAAGUUUCACCACUGGAGUCUUUCACUUAUCGGAGCAUUGUUAUGCAUUGUGAUCAUGUUCCUGAUCUCAUGGUCUUUCACUGUGAUAUCCCUGGCCCUUGCUAGCCUUAUAUACUACUAUGUGAGCUUAAAAGGGAAGGCGGGAGAUUGGGGUGAUGGCUUUAAGAGUGCAUACUUUCAGUUGGCACUACGGAGCCUUCGGUCAUUGGGCGCAAACCAAGUACACCCUAAAAACUGGUACCCGAUACCCCUCGUCUUUUGCCGUCCAUGGGGAAAGCUACCAGAAAAUGUCCCCUGCCAUCCAAAGCUUGCUGACUUUGCGAAUUGCAUGAAGAAGAAAGGCCGUGGUAUGUCAAUAUUCGCCUCAAUAAUUGACGGAGACUACCACGUACUUGCCGAGGAUGCCAAGAUCGCCUGCCGGCAGCUUGACACUUAUAUAGACUACAAAAGGUGCGAAGGUGUGGCCGAGAUCAUCGUAGCCCCAAAUAUGUCCGAGGGAUUCCGUGGCAUUGUGCAAACUAUGGGCCUUGGCAACCUCAAGCCCAAUAUUGUUGUCAUGAGGUAUCCAGAGAUUUGGCGCAGAGAAAAUCUCUCUCAGAUUCCAUCAACUUUCGUUAGUAUAAUUAACGACUGCAUUAUUGCCAACAAGGCGGUUGUAAUUGUUAAAGGUCUGGAUGAAUGGCCUGGUGAGUAUCAGAGACAGUAUGGAACUAUCGACCUAUAUUGGAUAGUACGAGAUGGGGGUCUGAUGCUCCUCUUAUCUCAGCUUCUUCUCACAAAAGCAAGCUUUGAGAGUUGCAAGAUACAGGUAUUCUGCAUUGCUGAAGAGGAUACAGAAGCUGAGGAGUUGAAGGCGGAUGUGAAGAAAUUCCUUUAUGAUCUCAGAAUGCAAGCUGAGGUGAUUGUUGUGACAAUUAAAUCAUGGGAGGCCCAUGUCGAAGAGGGUCAUCAGCAGGAAGAAUCAAUGGCGGCAUUCACAAAUGCGCAAAGAGAAUUUUCGUAUCUUGCAGAGAUGAAGGAGACUGCUAGUUAGAGAAGGGAA